GCUCGGGCAGGCACAAGACCCCUGCCCAGGUGACCCUUCUUCCCUCCCUCCCGCUUCUUCCACCCAUUCGAAAUAAACAACCAUUUGUAUAAAUCGCCGAUUAGUUCAUCUUCCUCCGCACUCUCUCUCCUCCCUCUCUCUUUCUUCUCUGUGUGCUUUGCCUUCUCACGGCGCAAACGUACAGAGAAGGGAAGUCGUCCUCGCUUCUCGCUCUACUUGUUCGUCGAGUGGGGUUUUAGAGCGAGCUCGCCGCUGCUGCUACUCAAUCGGCUACCGCACGUGUAGGAACGAAAUGGCUGUGGAGAUUACUCAGUUUCUAUUGGCAGCUCAAUCAGCCGAUGCAAGGGUUCGUACUGAAGCAGAGGCUAAUAUUAGGCAAUUCCAAGAGCAAAACCUUCCUGCUUUUCUUCUGUCAUUGUCCGUUGAGCUUGCAAACAAUGAGAAACCCACUGAAUCCCGUACGUUGGCUGGUCUUGUGCUUAAGAAUUUAUUAGAUGCCAAAGAUGCUGGUACAAAAGAACUUCUUACUCGACAAUGGAUUGCUAUAGAUAUUUCUAUUGUAUCCCAAAUUAAGGACUUGCUCUUAAGGACACUUGGGUCAUCUGUCCCGGAAGCAAGACACACAUCUGCCCAAGUUAUUGCAAAAAUUGCAUCUAUUGAUAUUCCUAGGAAACAAUGGCCUGACCUAAUCGGGUCUUUGCUCAACAAUAUGACUCAGCGAGAUAGUGCAGCUGGUUUGAAGCAGUCAACCUUGGAAGCACUUGGUUAUGUAUGUGAGGAGAUAUCUCAUCAAGAUCUUGAGCAAGGCGAGGUGAACAAUGUUCUUACUGCUGUAGUCCAGGGAAUGAACCUUGCUGAAAAUAGCCCUGAAGUUCGUCUGGCUGCAACAAGGGCUUUAUAUAAUGCCCUGGAGUUUGCACAAACCAACUUUGACACUCAGAUGGAAAGGGAUUUCAUCAUGAAGAUGGUCUGCGAGACGGCCUUGUCUAAGGAGGUUCAAAUUAGGCAGGCUGCUUUUGAGUGUCUCGCUUCAAUUGCUUCUAGAUAUUAUGAGGUGCUUGGGCCUUACAUGCAGGCUUUCUUUGAGCUUACAUCAAAUGCUGUAAAAGGGGAUGAAGAGACGGUUGCCCUUCAAGCAAUUGAGUUUUGGAGCUCCAUUUGUGAUGAAGAAAUAGAGCUUCAAGAAUUUGAGAUCUCUGACACUGGGGACUCUCAUUCAAAAUUUAUAGAAAAAGCUUUGUCAUCUUUAGUUCCAAUGUUGCUAGAAACUUUGCUGAAACAGGAAGAAAAUCAAGACCAAGAUGACAACAUUUGGAAUGUUGCGAUGGCUGGUGGGACGUGCCUACAACUUGUUUCAAGGACUGUUGGAGAUGCCAUUCUGCCCCUUGUGAUGCCAUUUGUGGAGGCUAACAUAGUGAAGCCAGAUUGGCACUGUCGUGAGGCAGCUACAUUUGCAUUUGGCUCAGUGCUUGAAGGCCCAAGCACAGAGAAGCUAUCUGUUCUGGUCCAUUCAGGUUUGGAUUUUAUGCUUAGGUUAAUGAAAGAUGAAAAUAACCAUGUCAAAGACACUACUGCCUGGACUCUUAGUCGUAUAUUCGAGUUUUUGCACGGUCCUGAUAGUACUGUGAUUUCUUCUGCUAACCUUCCAAAGGUGGUGGAAAUAUUGGUGGAAGGCACUAAGGAUGCCCCAAAUGUUGCAGAGAAGGUUUGUUGGGCCAUCUAUCACCUUUCUCAGGGGUAUGAGGAAACCUGCUCCUCUCUCUUUACUCCGUAUGUCCCGGGCAUCAUUGAAUGUCUUAUUUCCACUGCUAGUCGUACAGAUGGUGAUGAUUCUAGAUUGAGGUGUUCUGCUUAUGAAUCGUUGAAUGCGGUUGUGAGGUGUUCUAAUAUUAAAGAAACGUCACAAAUUAUAGCACAACUACUUGUUGUUAUUAUGAAUAAGUUGGGCCAGACUUUAGAACUUUCGAUUGUAUCGUCAGAUGACCAGGAAAAGCAAGGAGACUUGCAAGCUUCUUUUUGUGGUGUUCUACAGGUUAUUAUUCAGAAGCUUACCAGUGAUGAUGAGAGUAAGCGUUUUAUAUUGGAAGCAGCUGAUCAGAUAAUGCUUCUGUUUCUUAGAGUGUUUGCCUGUCGUAGUUCUACAGUACAUGAGGAAGCAAUGCUUGCUAUUGGUGCACUGGCUUAUGCAACUGGGCCUGGGUUUGAGAAGUACCUUCCUGAAUUGUACAAGUAUUUGGAGAUGGGGUUGCAGAAUUUUGGGGAGUUUCAAGUAUGUGCUAUCACAGUUGGGGUGGUUGGUGACAUUUUCCGUGCAUUGGAUGAGAAGGCAUUACCGUACUGUGACGGGAUUAUGAGUCACCUGAUGAAGGACUUGUCAAGUGAAGCGCUCCACCGGUCUGUCAAGCCUCCCAUAUUCUCUGUCUUUGGCGACAUAGGUCUCGCAAUUGGAGAACAUUUUGAGAAGUAUGUCCCUUAUGCAGUGCAGAUGAUGCAGGGAGCUUCGGAGCUUUGUGCUCGGAUGGACGCUAGUGAUGAGGAGUUAAUGGAAUACGGAAACCAGCUAAAAUGUAGCAUCUUUGAAGCUUAUUCUGGUAUACUUCAGGGCUUUAAGGAUUCAAAGCCUGAGGUCAUGUUGCCAUAUGCCCAACAUCUCCUGCAGUUUAUUGAAUUGGUUUUAAGGGACGUAAACAGGGAUGCCAAUGUCACAAAAGCUGCAGUUUCUGCGCUGGGUGACCUUGUUGAUGUGCUUGGCCUAACCAUCAAGCCACUGUUUGGGGAUUUUGCAUUCUUUGAGGGAAUUUUGCAAGAGUGUCUUCAAACCGAUGACGAAAGUCUAAGUGAAACAACAGCUUGGGCUUAUGCGAUUAUGAGGCGCAUUAUGAAUCAAUGAGAAGCGACUGGUUCAUUUGUGAGUAAUUGAUAAUUUCUGUCUAAUAGCGGUAUUCGUUGAGGUCUAAAGAUAGGCGUCAUGGAAGUUAGAAACUUGUUUUCGUCGAUUUUGCAUUAUGGACACAUCUCUCUACUUUUCGGUUUUUGGCUCUUUGAACAUCCUCACUUUAUUGAGGCUACAGUUAAGGUGUCCCUUCUUUUGUUUUGGAUUUGGUUGCAUUUUGAGCCAAUAGUUUUCAUCAAAUCCAGUGUUUAAUAAACUUAAAAGAGAGUUGAGAUAAUCUUUGUAAUAUGUAUCUCUGUAUGAAACAAGUGUUACAAUGUUGA